AUGUCGAAUGAAUCGGCAGAGAAGAUGAAUCUCCUUCAGGCAAAGAAAAUUGCUGAGCGUAACCGCAAGAAAGAAGAAGUACGUAAGCGAUUGGAAGAGGCCUCAAGGGCCAAGAAGGCUAAGAAAGGUUUCCUCACACCUGAAAGAAAGAAGAAGCUAAGGAAACUUCUUAUGAUGAAAGCCGCUGAAGAUUUGAAACAGCAGCAAAUGUUGAAAGAACAAGAAAGACAACGUGUUCUUCAAGAGAGAAUUAUUCCAUUGCCAGAUCUUGAUGAAGCCAACGACCUUGAAGCUAUUUACGAUCAAAUGCGUUCACGUCUUAUCGACUUGGAAAGCGAAAACUAUGACAUAUCGUACACCGUACGACAGAAGGAUUUCGAAAUCAACGAGUUGACUAUUGCUGUCAACGAUCUUCGUGGAAAAUUGUAUGUAAAUGCGCUUCCUAACAUAAGUUCUUUGGAAAAUUAUCAAAAACUUACAAAACAAACCAUUUUGUAAUU